AUGAUAAGGCAGCAUCAACGUCAACUUCACCAACCACCGAAAUCGACUCUCGUCGCCCUGCGCAUCAAAAAUAAUUUUGCCCCCAGUACUACCGCUCUUUUCACAUCACAAUCUGCAACCAUGGCUGCCAUGUUUAGCCAAAACCCCUUGAUGAAUGGGCCCAACUACUCAUUCUCCGAAGCUCCCAAGACCAACCAUGGAGAGUUUCGUGAGCAUCGAUUCAACCCAUACACCGACAAUGGUGGCUCAACUCUGGCCAUCGCUGGCGCCGAUUUCACCAUCAUGGCCGGUGACACUCGCCACACCAGCGGUUACAGCAUCAACUCUCGCAUGUCCCCCAAGGUGUUCCGAAUUGGCGGCACGACCGCAUCCCAAGAGGACGCCACACUAGUCCUAUCAGUUGUUGGCUUUGCCGCCGACGGCGAAGCCCUCCGCGAUCACCUCGACACCAUCUGCAAGAUCUACCGUUAUCGCCACGGCAAGCCCAUGUCUGUCAACGCUUGCGCGAAGCGUCUCUCUACAGUUCUUUAUGGCAAGCGAUUCUUCCCAUACUAUUCGCAUGCGAUGCUCGGCGGUUUGGACGAGGAGGGCAGGGGCGCUGUAUACUCGUAUGAUCCUGUAGGAAGUUACGAGAGAGAGCAAUGCCGUGCAGGCGGCGCUGCGGGCAGUUUGAUCAUGCCUUUCCUCGACAACCAGGUCAACUUCAAGAACCAGUACAUUCCCGGAAGCGGAGAGGGUCACGAGUUGAAGGAGAGAGAACGACGUCCUUUGACACGAACUGAGGUCGAGACCGUCGUCAAGGACGCCUUUGAUGGUGCAGUCGAGCGACACAUCGAAGUUGGUGACAACCUCCAAAUGCUCAUUAUCACUGCGGAUGGUAUUGAGGAAACAUUCUUGCCCUUGAAGAAGGACUAAACGAGUGGUGGGAUAAGAAUGUACAACAGGGUUUACUUAGACGUCACAGAAUCGACGGGCCUUUCUUACGGUCACCUGCGAUGCUUUGUCCAUGUCAAAGACAUGAUUAUUACAACAAGUAGCCUUUGAUGAUGAAAU